UUAAUAAACUUCCCACCAUAGAUACAGUGGAAAAUUGCAUGAGAUUAUGUCCGAUGAUAGUGCAGGGUAUGUGGGAAUUCAAGUCCCCACUUCUGCAGUUGCCUCACAUCAACGACGAUAAUCUCAAGUAUUUCUUGUCUAAGAAGCGCCAAAUCAAAACUUUGCAGCAGUAUGCCCAAUUGAAAGGGGAGGAUCGUAGAAGUCUGCUGAGAAAUUUGAGUGAAGAUGAGUAUGAAAAUGUUAUGAAGGUACUGGGCAGGAUGCCAUAUAUAGAUUUUCAGACUCAAGUAGAAGUUAUGGACGACGAAAAUCCAAAAGAGGUAACAGCUGGGGCAAUAGUGACCGUAACAGUAACUUUGAUCAGAAAAGACAUGAGUACGCUGUUCGGAGAUGAAUCUGUCAAAGAAGAAAUUCAAAUCACAGAGAAUGGAAUUGACGAAGUUAAAGAAGGUGUGGGAGAAUCCCAACCAAAUGAACAUUCUGCGAAACGUCCUGCAUGGAUGAAGCAAAAAAAGGGCGGUAAGAAAACAAAAAAAUCAACCAAACCAUCCAAUAAAGUUGCAAGUGUACCAAAACCAAAGGUAGAAGAGUCACCUAUUCCCACGACUGAUAGAAAAAAAGAAAAACCGAAACCAAAGGAGAUUAUUAAAAAUGAUCAAGAUGAAGAUGAAACAGAGGAGUCAGAUGAGAGCGAUAUCGACAAUGAAACUAAUGAUAGAUCCUCUGCGGAAGAAGAUGCGAUCAAAACGAAUGAAGACGAUGACCAGGAAUGGGAGAAAUUCCGUAAAAUACACGAUAGAGAAAAGUCUCUGGAAGGAAAAUCUAAAACCUCCCAUUCUGUUCAUUGUCCGUACUUUCCUCAAGAAAAGCAAGAAUAUUGGUGGACAUAUAUUUGUGACAGAAAGUCUAGGACACUUCUCACAGCUCCUUACCAUGUUACCAGUCUUGUUGAUAGAGAGAUGGUGCAUUUGAAGUUCACUGCUCCAAACUGGCCUGGUAUGUACACAUUCACAGUGUGUCUACGUUCCGACUCCUAUUUGGGCUUCGACCAGCAAAGGGACAUUAAACUAGACGUGAAAGAAGCACCUGCCGAGAUUACGGAGCACCCUCAGUGGGAGUUUGACGACUCUGAAGAGGAAGAUCCUGCUGAGAACAAUGACCGCGAGUCAGAAUAUGCGACUGACGAUGAUUUACCAGAGGAUUAGUAGAGGCAAAGUAUCGGAAGUUUGCUAUUUGUAUUUGGAAAAGCUGGGAGCAGGUGGAUCUUUUUAUAGAGGAAUUUUGCAGGGAAGAUUUUGAAUGUAUCAGUUUUGAAAGAUGAUACAUUUUUUUCAUUUGGUCUGAAUUUAUCAAGAAUUUUAGUCAUGCUGAAGUUUUUCAGUCUGUCAAAUAAAAAUCUGAGCGAAAGCUGCAAAUCAAUUACUUUUCAUAGUUCUUCUUUCUAUUUGUUUUCCACAAAAUCUACUGUAGACACAUUUUUUAAAUUGUUUUUUUAUUCAGCAUCUUCAGUUGUUUGGGCAAUCUCUCACCUGUUUUGUGACAAAUUUAAAAAAACAAACCGAUUUUAAAAUAUUUGUCUAGAAAUUCGAAAAGGGAGUAUUGAAAAUCCCGAAGGCUUUUUUACAAAUUUGAAUAAAUAAUACUUCACUCUAAGAUCAAGUAUAGAUCAUUUUGCCUAUGAAGUAACAAUGUGCAACUGUGGCAAAAAAAUGUUAUAACGUUGAUGAAUUUAUUAAUACAAUUUAUGUUGUAGAAAGCAACUUGAGUCUCAUGUUUAUCAGAAUGAAGCUUCUAAUCUCUUGUCAAAAAUCAAAUGAAAGCCUGGGUUUUUUUGGUUUUUGAGAGAGGAGCAACUCAUUUAGUAACGGGUUCUUGUUCAGAUUUUUAUUUGACAGAUAUGGCGUUUUACUAGUAAAAUUCAUAAUAUUAAAUUUCAAUUGAUUAAGGGAAGUACUGAUAGGUUCUGUGUGGGAUUUCACGGGAUAACUUCAAUAUUGAUGUAUAUUUAUAUUUGUAUUAAAAAAUAAUACUUGAAGUUC